CUAUUAUUGAUGCAUUAGUGUGUAAGCAGCAUUUUAAUGUUGCAGUAGGUUGAGGUAAUUUAAACUAUUUUAUAAACUGGUGUUUAGUUAAUGUAUAAACAUGCAUCAUUUUUUAAAACUCAGCAUAUUUUCUGUAAGGAAAAUAUAAAUCAUCAUUAAUGUCAAUAUUAAUAUUAACUACUGUAGGUGUUAGAUAAAUGCAAUGGAGUAAAAAGUCCAAUAUCCCGUUGUGAAAUGUUAUAAAGUAGAAGUAGAAAACUGAAAUACUACAAUAAUUAAAAAUGAACUUGAGUACAGUAUUUGAGUAAUUUUCUACCAGAGGAUACCUUUUUAAAAAGCAGACUGUAGAAAUAGGUCAAGUACCAAAAACUGUGAGUGCACAGUAAGUCUUUUGGAGACGCAUAUGGAUAUGAGACGUUCAGGGUCACUUUCAAAAAUGGGGUAUAAGUAGCACACGCUUUAGAUAUGGCCUUGUGUGUUUUCACAACAUGCUGAGAGAAAAAUGUCGCCGAGAAAAAAAGAAAGAGACACUAGUGCUGACACUUCAGCCUCUGUCUACAUCCUGCAGCAGAGGCUGAAGUGUGAAAAAUAAGAUGCUGAGCUGUGUGUCUUUAAAGGGUUAACAGGAGGAGGCGCAGCGGUGGUCAGCUCGUCUGGGUGGAGUGAAGUUUAGACAUGCACUAUAACAAAUUAGCCCGGAGGACUGCAUUAUGGCUGAGUGAAAAACACCAAGAGAAGUGAAAAACAUCUUUAAGAAACCCAGCCAGGCCUUUACAGAGACGUUACAAACACCGGGCUGAGAUGAGUGAUGUGAGCGAAGAGUCGCUGCUGGAUUAUUUCUACUCCACCGGAGGCAAUUCAGGCAGAGUCAAAAAUGCUGAUAUACUGAAGACAUUUAAGCCUUUUAUUGGCCAUAGUGACUUGCAGUUACGUGCUAAAUACAGAGAGGAAUUCAAGCUCAUCAUUGACCGAAUCGCUGUGGUGAAGUCAGAGAAUGGUGAGAAGUACCUCCUCCUGAAGAAGAAAUACAGGCAGCUGCUGAAUGAGCGCGACACCAAGCAACAGGGUACAGACGUAGACGGACAGAAACAUUCGAGUCCGGCCAGGACAACGGCCAUUGUACAGUGGGACACCACGGACGCUGCCACGACUUCUCCCCACCAGAGGGAAUCACAGGAUGAGCAGAUGUCAUGUGGAGAGCCCGAGAACACUGCAGAGGACCAGCAGACAGGAACAGUCACCAUGCAGCACACAUCACUGCAACCUCCUGUCAUCCAAAUCCAGGUACCCUCGGUUCAAAGCAUCGGGGAGGAUGAGUUGGACAAAGAUUUGGGGUCAAAGUCCGAGUCGGAGCAAGACGAGGAGUGUACGGGCAGUAUGGGCUCUGCUGCUGUCGCUCUGGAUCCUAUAGAAAAGGAGUGGAUCUACUCUGCUGCUGGUGCUCGAGUCCCUGACCUCUCUCAGCUGCUCAGUCAGGACCCCUCGCUGGCAAACAAGAAGGACUUCACCUCAUUUACAGCUCUGCACUGGGCUGCCAAACAUGGCAAUGAGGACAUGGCCACUCUAGUGGUUAAUGCCGGUGCUGAUGUCAACACCAAAUCACAUGUGAGUACCCAGGCUUUCAUCAGGCAGUGGUGGAUAUGUACAGUUAACGGUUUGAUAACAACAGGACAACAACAUGGCUGCUGGCUUCUUCUGUUGUGCCCCUCAGUGAUGGGGUACACACCUCUACACAUUGCAGCGUUACAUGGUCAUCGGAAUAUUCUUGACCUGCUCAUAGGGACAUAUGGGGCUAAAGAAAACUUAAGGGACUACAGUGGCCAUCUUGCUUGUCAUUAUCUAAACAACAAAGAACCAGAGGGUCCAGAGGAAGACUGCGAGCUGCAGUUUCAAGUCACUCAGGCCAGGGAGCGGAACAGGAACAGGAAGUUGGCAUCGUUGUUCCAGUCCAAGAAAAAAUGGGGCUCGGCGGAGGAGCUGGCUCCGAUAGAGGAGGAGAGGACGGUGUCACAUCAGCUCGUCCUGCCUCCGUUCAGACCCAGAAAAUUCUCCCGCUGAGGAGAAACAGACACCAGGGACGAUUUCUGACUCAUCCAUACAUUCCUAUUGAUACAUAAUAUAAACCCCCAUUAUAUACCAUGUAAGUAUUAAUACUGUAUCUGUAUAUUUAUGACGGACACACACACAUCGACACCUGUGCUUACAGACACAAUCACACGCACUCACUGAGGCACCUACAAGCUCAUCUAAGUGCUUUUACUUUGAAAGGAAGUACUGCAGGUGAUGCUAUGCUCAUACGUGUAUUAUUAAUAUUUAUGCUUACCAGACAAGUAUUUCUUGAAGCCUUUAAAUUUUACUAAAUGUUGCUAAAUGUUACUUAUGCCUUACAAGUUCAAAUGAGCUCAGGCCAGUGGGAUUCUUUUGUUUGUGUUUAAGUGGGAAGUUCUGACGAGGAGACGUAGAUACAGAAUAUAACCAGACUUAUCCUUUAAGGGAAAAUGCUGGUGGUUUUGUAUGUUAUGACCUGUUAAAAAUCAUGAGCACUUAACAUGAUACCACAACCAUUUUCCAAAACAUAUCACUAGUACUUGUGUAUUUUAUUAAUUAUUUUAUUACAUUGUCAUCUAGUGGCGGUCCUAAAUUGGGACUGAACUGAAAAGACUUCCUUAUUGAUGCGUUCAACUGCCAGCAGGAAAAUCAGACAUCUGAAACUCAGACUUGAGAUGAAGUUGCUUUACAGUUUUACAGAAAGCAUUUCCUUUUUUCCCCAAUUGUGUGUGUGUUUUUAAAUUGUUUUUUGCGUUGGCAGAGAAGUUAGUUUUAUUUUAUCAAGUCCCUGAAGGCACCAGCAGGAAACCCAACCUGCAACUGUUGAACAUCAGAUUAAUCAGUCAAUGAAACAAUUAUUAAGUACAUGUGAAAUGUCUUUUGCAUUUAUACAAGUUAAUUUUAAUACUGUGCUUGGAAGACUGAAGUCUAAAAAGUUACAUCACACUUUGAAAAAUGGUUAGCAGCAGCAGCAGCAGCAGUGUAAAGUGUUUAUGAUUAGUUAAUGGGAUUAAACAUACAAAACCACUGGUGUUUCUUUAUAUCUGAGCCGAUGAGACAUUCCAGAGCGCGAGAGGGAGGAAAAAACAAAAACGAACGCUGCAUGAAAAAGUUAGAUCUGACUUUCAUCACCAUUGCAAACGUUACUGCAGGGCUGGAUCUUAUUAUGUUUUCUGCCAAUUAGUAGGAUUUGCCAACCCUGUACAGACUCUGCUUGGCUGGCAUAUCCCCCUUUGUUAUUGUCAGGUUGUGGGGGCUAUGUUUGUCCAAUGUAACUUGUGUUGUCACGGUUCAAAACUACCUGCUGAUAUUAAAUAACUUUUGAUUGUUUGACUUAUGUUUCUGCAGCGUGGGCACAGAUAAUCUGGCCUCUGUUACUGGGUUCAGGUUUCAGUGAAAACUGAUUGUACUUUAUUUUGUCUUCUACCCCCUGGUGUUAUUUUCCUCUUUGCGAUCGAUGUUUUGCACUGUGACAGUGUGUUCUGGAUUAUUCUGCCAAUUGGUGUAAAGGGCUUUUGUAUUGUUUAUCAUUUUCACUUGUGGUGGUGUAAUCUAAUCUGAAGAACCAGCCUCCAUUACAUCUUUUGCACAAUAUUUAUAUAAUGAAGAUAUUUUGGUAUUAAACUGUAUUUUAUAUCAAACCAAA